CUCAAGACAUAUUGCCAUUCAUUGGCCACAAGACAUGAUGGGAACAGAGAUGAGGGCAGCGCUCAUCACUUUGGGAAGCGUUUUGCUGACGAGUGCUGUCAUCGGAAACGCUUACUUCCAGAAGAAGCAGUUCUAUCCAUCUGUGGUAUACAUCACUAAAUCUAAUCCAUCGAUGGCUAUAAUAUACAUUCAGGCGUUUGUCUUCGUCUUAUUGAUGGGAAAACUGAUGCGAAAGAUAUUCUUCGGACAAUUAAGGACCGCAGAGAUGGAGCAUCUGAUCGAGAAGUCGUGGUAUGCGGUGACCGAGACGUGUCUGGCGUUCACAGUCUUCAGGGAUGACUUGUCGCCCAAAUUCGUGGCUCUCUUCACACUCCUCUUGUUCCUCAAGUGUUUCCAUUGGUUGGCAGAGGACAGAGUGGACUACAUGGAGAGGAGUCCUAAUAUAUCACUCCUGUUCCACAUCCGAGUCAUUUCCCUUCUGUUCCUUUUGGGAAGUCUUGACUUCUGGUUCAUUCAUAUGGCAUACUAUAGUACUCUCACGAAAGGGGCGUCCGUUCAACUGGUCUUCGGCUUUGAGUACGCCAUUCUGUUUGCUGUGGUCUUCAAUAUCCUGAUGAAAUACAUCCUCCACUUCGUUGACCUCCAGAACGAGAAUCCCUGGGAAGACAAAGCCGUCUAUUUGUUAUACACCGAGCUUUUGAUGGGUUUUCUAAAAGUGAUUUUAUACGUGACUUUCAUCACAAUUAUGAUGAAAAUCCAUACCUUUCCCCUCUUUGCCAUCCGUCCCAUGUAUUUAAGUAUGAGAGCCUUCAAGAAAGCACUGAAUGAUGUGAUAAUGUCUCGCCGGGCCAUCAGGAAUAUGAAUACGUUAUAUCCUGACGCCACACCAGAAGAGCUGCAAAGUGUGGACAACGUAUGCAUUAUAUGCAGGGAAGAGAUGACGGGCAAUGGUAGCGCCAAACGGCUUCCCUGUAACCAUAUAUUCCAUGUGUCGUGUCUGCGCUCGUGGUUCCAGAGACAACAGACGUGUCCCACGUGUCGAAUGGAUGUGCUUCGAGUGGCGCCCAAUGCCGGCGCCCAACCACCGCCUCAACAGCAGCCCCAACAGCCCAGAGCACAGCCGGGAAUCCCGCAAAUCCCGCCGCAGUUUUUCAUACCCGCC